GGGAUCAGAAGCGGGAGCUGAGGGGAGGGAGAGGCCGGUCCGGGUCUGGCCGCGGCAGCUGCUCGCCCGAGGUCUCCAGGCCGGGCUGCGGCUCUGUCCUCCGUUCCUGGGCACCGUCUGCGAAGCUCCGCCGCGCCAGCGUGGGAGAGCCGCAGGCGGCAACCGCCGCAUCAUGUCAGCCAAGGACGAGCGGGCCAGGGAGAUCCUGAGGGGCUUCAAACUAAAUUGGAUGAACCUCCGGGAUGCUGAGACAGGGAAGAUACUGUGGCAAGGAACAGAAGACCUGUCAGUCCCUGGAGUGGAGCAUGAAGCUCGUGUUCCCAAGAAAAUCCUCAAGUGCAAGGCAGUGUCUCGAGAAUUGAACUUCUCUUCAGCAGAGCAAAUGGAAAAAUUCCGCCUGGAACAGAAAGUUUACUUCAAAGGGCAAUGCCUAGAAGAGUGGUUCUUCGAGUUCGGCUUUGUGAUCCCGAACUCCACAAACACCUGGCAGUCCCUGAUAGAGGCAGCGCCCGAGUCCCAGAUGAUGCCCGCCAGCGUCCUAACUGGGAAUGUUAUCAUAGAGACAAAGUUUUUUGACGACGAUCUUCUUGUAAGCACAUCCAGAGUGAGACUUUUCUACGUUUGAGAGAAGAAUGUGUGUGCAUUUCAAGAAUUUGGGUUUUUGGGGGGAAAGGAGGAAACUUUACUUUCUUCCUCCACACAUUUGGUUUUGACACUUCCACCCCUAAUUCCCUGUACGGCAGAACCCACCUGUGGCCACCAGGGGACCAGUUCUGUGUAGGUAACCAGAUGGCUGUUAACUCCUGAGCCGCCAUCUUCCACUGACCAGACUCAACUCCCAACCCCAGACCAGGGCAGAGGGUGAGCCUUGACUCCUUCCCAGGGUGACACGGGACAGACGCUUACCACGAGAGCCACUGCUGUUCCCGCCCCCGCCCUGCCUCCUCCUUGGGCCCCGCAGGCAACACAUCUUCCUUUGGCCCCUGGUUUUGGAAAAAUUCAUAUUCCUGACCUAUGUUUAGUUUUUUUCCUACCAUUUCUAUUUCAUACAUUCUCAUACGUUUAACUUGUAAAAUAGACUGUGAUAUUAUUAUUACAUAAUGAAUUAAAACAUAUGAAUUAAAAUAUUCCUGCAGUCUUUA